CAAGGUACUGCCACGUACGUACGUAUCUUUUGCGAUAUCUGAUAACGGACAAUCGAUGGAAAGUUACGAGGACGACGACGACACUCACUUCUGCAUCAAAUGCCACCUGACGAUACACGGCCUGGAGAAUUACGUUCGACAUCGUCAAUCGGGAUGUCGGCCACCGGACGACAAGAACGUCGCGGUACGUGUGUCGCCGACGACGCCCGCCUCGCCGACCACCGUCUUCUACCCGGAGAUACUCAACGCCGACGCGUUCUUCAGUUCGUUGGAGCUGCGUAGCAGCAGCAAGUCGAACACGCGGAAGACGACCGGCCUCCUCGAGGAAAACAGGAAGUUCAAGAAGGAGGACAAACACCGGAAGAAGAGCCCGAAGAGCUCCACGCAGGUGGACAACGAGGACUCGGCGACGGUGAAGGAGAAGCUUCACAACAUGCUGCCGGGCGUCGCUGAACUCGACGAUCCAACGGAUCAUCUCUGCAUGCCGUCGCUCGUCGGAUUCCCGGAGAUCGUCUCGUCCGCGGCCGGCAAGUCCACGGUCACCAGCAGCCGUGGCAAAUUGAGCCAAUCGAUGGGCCACGUAGCCGCGAACAUGGACGGUGGCGCGUUCGUGGUGAAGCACGAGCCGGAGAAUUCUUUGGAGAGAAUCCUGAUGACGUCUCACGUCGAGCCGAAGCAGACGGAGAGGAAGAGGCAGGACGACACGCAGAGGAUGGAGCAUCACGUUCAUCAGACGUGGCUGGAGGACACGAUACUGGCCGAGCUGGUGGCGAACAACGAGAACAAGGACCUGGCCAGAUACGAGUUCGAGUAUCAACAGGACGACGACUCGGAUGACGAUAUGUUGGAGGAAGAUCUUGGGGAGGACGACGAGGGUGGAUCGUACUCGGAGUCGGACGACGGGGAGGACCGGGAACGUCCGCCGCGUGGUCACAUCGGUGGCAAAUGGAAGCCAGAAUUGGACGAUCUUCCGCAAAAUAUGUCUCAACUUCAGGACGACGACGUGGAGCCGGAGGACGAGCAUCAAGAACAUCCGCCGCCGACCUACACCGGGGGCAAGUGGCGACCCUCGGACGCGUCGCAGAAAGCGGAAGAGUACGAGACUAAGAGCAACGUCGGUCAACCAUCGCCAGGACACACGCGAGGGAAAUGGGUACCGGGUGCACAAACGGAUAUCGAAUCAGGAUAUUGGUGCAGUCCUUGCGGCAGGAAACUUGCCUCUCGAUUGGUCUACAACAGGCAUCUUCUCUCUGAUUUGCACGCCAGAAGGAGCAUUCGAGAAAUCGAUGACGUUCUUUCUCUGCCGCGUGCCGCGAGUUUACACGCGGCGAAAAAGUCAUCGUCUCGAUAUCAGAGAAUCAAGCAAGCAGGGGAAACGAGAGGCGCGAAGAAAAGCUUACGAAAACGAGAAAAGGAAAUACUCAGCUGCGAGAUGUGCCAUGCCCGAGUGAGAAGGACACAAAUGGGCAAGCAUUUGCUCUCUCAUUAUCACUGCCGCGUGGCGGGUGUAAAUCCUCGCGGGCCACGGGCGCGUCGCUUUUUACUGGAAAAUAUGGCGAAUGUGGUUCGGCAGUGCCCUUUUCAGUGUUUCUCUUGUCGCUUUUAUUGCAACACGGAGGAAACGUUUCUGCGUCAUUGGCGAUCCGAUCUUCAUGCAAAAACCCUCGAGCAGAUCGGCGGCAGCUACAGAUGCACCCCCUGCGACUUUUGGUGCGAGGACAACGAGACGAUGGACUCGCACCUGCUCGAGCGGAGCCACCGCGACGUCGUCUCGAUGAUGAAUGGCUCGGUGCCGAUCAUGAUCGGUCGUCAGCGAGCCCUGCCCUGCGGCAGCUGCGAUCGCCGAUUCCGCUACAAUUUGCAACUUCGGCUGCACGUGAAGGAGACCGGCCACGAGGAGAGCCUGACCGCGACCGACGAGUAUCAACAGCGAAUCAAAUGCAAUCUGUGCCCGCAAAUUGUCCGAUCGUUGGUGGCACUUCAGCGUCACCAGCUGUCCGCCCAUGUCGCGAAAGGGAUCGCGAAGAAAUACGAGGGGACGAACGCGGGGCAGCAGCCUUCGCGAUCAGCCCCGGCGCCUUAUUUCUGCUCGUUUUGCUCCAUGAACUUCGCCACGGCCCAGGACGCUGUUUUGCACCGGAGAACGUCCAGCCACAAAGAGAUGGUCAAAGCUCGGAAGAGCAACGACAGCUCGGCGAUGUCGACGAGACGCGAGUGCCCUCACUGCAAGCAGAAACAGGCGAAUCUGUCCGAGCACAAGAAACAUCUUCUCGACCGGCAUCCCGAGCUCUGUCACAGAUGUCCGAAAUGCGGGACAUUGUUCGCCCUCUCGCAAGACGUGACGAGACACACGAGAGAGAACAAAUGCCACGGCGCAGCCGGCGAAUUAACCAAAAGGAGAACGUCGAACCCGAAAGACGAAUGGAAAUGCGGCAGCUGUAGCUUCUCGAGCAACUCUCAGGCGGAAUUUAUCUUUCACGAGGCUCUUCACGCGGGUGCCGUGCGGAACGACAACGAGGAGGACGGGAACUCUGGCAAAUCGCUGGCCAAGUAUUCCUGCCCCAUUUGCAAGAAGGCGUUCGCGAAAGUGUCAUUACGGAAUCACAUCAGGAGUCAUACCGGGGAACGACCGUUCCCCUGUGCCAAGUGUCUCGUGGCCUUCUCGAGAAGAUCGGACCUAAACGCCCAUCAGAAAGAGUGCACCGGCUCGGCGUCGUCGUCCUCGUCGUCGUCAGGCUGGACGAACGAAUCUGGAAGGAAACGGUGCUUCUCUUGCUCCGAGUGCAACAGCGCUUUCUACACGAAGCAUUCGCUGCGGCAGCACAUGUUGCGACACGCUGGCAAGAAGUACAAGUGCGGACUUCCGGGCUGUCCAACGGUGCUCCGGACAGCCUCCGAAUUGAGAUCGCACAGAAGCCUGGUACACGACAGCACGCCGUCUAAUAGGCAGUACAAGUGUUCGGAUUGCUCCUACGCGGCGAAGACGAAGACCCAGCUACGCCGGCAUCGUGCACGACACGACGAGCCAGAGGACACGGGGAAAUCGGAACUCCGCGCAUGUCCCUACAGUGGCUGCGCUUUCAAAACGAAACUCGCGUCUCAUUUGCAGCGGCACGUGCGUCUCCACACGGGCACAAAGCCUUACAAGUGUCGUCAUUGUCCGUACGCGAGCAACAACUUGGAAAACCUGAGGAAACACGUGUUAUCGACGAGCCUGCAUCCAGGAAAAACGAUCUACGAAUGCGACGUGUGCCAAGGGGACAAUCCGGAGCCGUUUCAAACGAACUUCGCGAAAGAGCUGCGCGCUCACCUGCUGGAAGUUCACAGCGAUGUUUUCCCGACGUCCGGCCACGUGAACGACUACGUGUUCAGGAUUUUCAAGACUCACCAAGACCCAUCUUUCGUCGACGAGUCGAAUUAACCGGUCGCGAUCCAAGCUGUCUCGUAAUUUUCGACGAGGCACGUCCACCGGUUGGUCGGACGACCGAUAUUUACGAAGCGUGUACGUCUUAAAGUGGUGGACAGGUGACCCGCAACGACGUCCUGGCCGAAAGAAACGACGCAACGUCCUCCCGCUCCCGAUCGACGAUCGCUCGGUCAGAGUAUCGUUGAGUUAUCACCGGUGCAGCUGACCGCGGACAUAGUGCACGGAUGCUCGGUACGCUCGGUGGCAUCUUCUCGGUGUUGCCUCUCUCGUUGUUCGUGAUCGUGCGAACCGGUAGGCCUGUACCACGCCAGGAAAUAGUUAAAGUGAUGUACGGUCACGUGGCACGGUACGUACACUUGGAACGCGUAUACUUGAAGCGAAUCUUUAUGCCCCUGGCCGGUCGUGAUAUUACGAGAAUCGUUCGAGUCCACCUGCUGAUUCCUCGAAUUUCUCGUCUCACUUGUACACGUGCGUGUACAGUACACGAACGCGCGUUCUACGCGACUCGUCAUUAUGGAACUCUUUCUCUGCUUUUCCAUUGGAAGGUAUAAAAGAUACGCAAAGGUAUGUAAAUGAAAGAUUUGCGGAUGAAAUGAGCUUCAGCCUCUUAUUAAUUAUCUUCGAAGAUGAUGUCAAUCGUCCCAUCAGAUAUUGUAUCUAUGUAUUUACAUAUUAUGUAAAACGUUUUGAUGUUUUACAAGGAUUUUGGCGAUCCAUUGUUCACAUUUCUCAUGCGAAAAAUAGAUUAUCUAUUAUCAAAGAUAACUUUCCUGGGCUUUCGUACUGUUCCUUCGUUGGACUAAAGUUCUCAAGUUUUAUAAAAAAAAUAUUCACUGGGUGUUUCACUGUGUCUAACAUUUUCGAGCCUUAAAUUGAAGUCUCAAGUCAGGAAUUUCUCGCAGAUAUCUAAUAUAAUGUUAGAAUAAUAUAAAAACAAAUUUCUAUUUCUUGAUAAAAAUUUCAAAAUAUUAUAUUAUGAAAGUCUGCUAUAAAGUCUAGUCGUCGUUGUAAAUCUGAAUGGACGAACUUACAAAGAACGGUUUGUGUGCGUUAAUUCUCCGUAAACGACAGCAAAGAGUAAAAGAGCGAUGCAGGAGAGAAUAGAUUCACGUGGUUUCGUACUCGAUGUCGCAGUACAAAUAAAAAUAAGAACAAUUUGUCGACGCCAGUGCCUCGCGACUAAUUCGUUUCGCCUCCUCCUCUUUACUUUACGCUUUACGUUCAGAAACAGCAAUGAGAAAGAGGUAAAAGAUAGUUCAAGAAAGAAGAUAUACUCGUACUCGGACAACCAAAUCAGAUUUACUA